CUAGAAGCCCCUUGAGUUGUCAGAUUUACAUCUAUGCUCCUUGUCCACUCUCUUCCUCCUCCCUUCUCCCCGUUCGGCUCCCAUUUGGAAUCGCAUCCCCGGCGCCCGGGGAUCCCCCAGAAGGGCAGAUCUACCGGACUUGCGCAGCGCCGCGACCCCGGAAGCUCAGGCGCGGCCGCACCACCGUCGGACGCUUCUUUCACCUCCUGUUUCGAUCGGAUUCGUUAAGGAAUCGGUGGGAUAUACGGGCAGGGCGGCGCGAGGCUGGUUCGCCGGAAAUUGGGGGUAGGGGAGGAUGAUACUGCUCCAGUCCCCGUCCAGGUUCCUGCUCCAGAUCCUAAAAGAUCGCGUCCUCAGUGGCGACAAGGGCGUGGACAUCGAUUGCCACACGGUGGAGUUCGACGAUGUGCGGUAUCAUAUCCAGUUCUCUAUGAGGAACACAAAGGUAAUGGUGUUAUCGGUGGCAUUGCCCCUCGCACCUCCUGAGGCUAUUCUGUUCGACGGGCUUCCACUUGGUGCUAUCGAUGCUAUAAAAGCGGCUUAUGGGACAGUGGUUCAAAUUCUUGAUCCUCCAAAGGAUGGGUUUGAUCUCACAAUGAAGAUAAACUUAACAAAGCUUCCGUCAGAUGAAGAGCAACGGAAUGCUCUCUUGACGCAAAUUGCAUCUGUAAGAGAGGUUGUGCUGGGUGCACCGCUGAAGCUUCUGUUGAAGCAUCUAUCUUCAAAGACAAUGGCUCCUGACGUGGAUAAGCUGGUUGCCCUUGUUCACCGUCCUAAUGAAUCAUUCUUCCUUGCUCCCCAGGCAGACAAAGUUACGAUUGUGUACCCAAUGAGGUUCCAGGACUCCAUUGAUAUUGUCUUGGCGACUUCAUUUCUGCAGGAAUUUGUGGAAGCAAGGAGGACUGCUGCACUAAAUAACGCCCCUUCCUGUAUGUGGUCUCCAGCACCUCCUCUUGAGUUAAGAGGCAUGAAUGCCGAUGCACUAAAUGCAAAUGCCGGUUUUGUUACUUUUGUUGUUUUCCCUCGGCAUGUUGAGGGCAGAAAGCUAGACAAAACAGUUUGGAGUUUGUUAACUUUUCAUGCUUAUGUAAGCUACCAUGUAAAGUGUUCCGAAGGAUUCAUGCAUACCAGGAUGAGGCGUAGAGUUGAGUCUCUUAUCCAGGCUUUGGACCGUGCAAAGUCCGAUGCGGAGAAGAUGAAGAAGUUGGUGCAUGGGGGAUCUUUUAGAAGACUGAGCUUGAAGAAUGAAGGCAACUAGCAUCAUUGAAGAAGGCAAACAUUUGAUUGUCGUGUAACUUUCCAUCAUGGGUGCUACUGGUAGAUGACUUCUUUUGAAUUCCGUAAGGCUAGAGUUGCAACCGUUGAAACAAAACCGGCAUCCUUUUGUUCAUCACUUGUUCGAUCUGAGAGGGUAUUGUACUCUGUAUUUGUGGCGGAAACUUGACUUGAGAAAUAGGCAAAAUUGGAUCGAUCUUUGUAUA